ACACAACACAUCAGAUUAAGUAAUGUAAACUGAAUCAUCAAUCCAAUCCAAAAAAAAGAAAUUUCCAAACUACUUGAUUGUACAACUGUAUAAUUUAUGACGAUCAAAUGCUCAAAAUUCCACCAUUUUUUUUGGUUACAACUUCUACCGCGUUUUACCCUAACCAAAAACUAUGAGCUUAUUCCGACAACUAUGGCGGAGGAAGCCUCUCAAUUCCGGCCACCGGUGGCUUUAUUCUUACUCCUCUUCUCCUCUCUCUGUGUCGUCGACGGAGGCUGCUUCUCUGUUACGGCGUCCUGUUUUAGGGUUCCUUUCUCAAUCGGCAUUUUGUCGAGUAAUUAAGCCGAAUUACCAGCUGAGUCUCCACUAUUUCUUCAAUGCUUCUUUCUUCACAACUCAUGUUGCUGUUGAGCAUUCAUUGGGUGGAUUGGUUGAUGUACCUCUGGCGCAGACCGGUGAAGGUAUUGCUGAAUGUGAGCUUCUGAAGUGGUUUGUGCAGGAGCUCUUUAUGCAGGGAGACCAAGUUGAAGAAUUUCAACCACUUUGCGAGGUCCAAAGUGACAAAGCUACCAUAGAAAUCACGAGCCGAUAUAGGGGAAAGAUUUCACAUAUUCUUCAUGGUCCCGGGGACAUUGUAAAGGUUGGAGAAACACUUCUGAAGAUGGCUGUUGAAGAAUUUUCACCUUCGACUGUGAGUGGUGGCUUCUCUGAAUCCAACUUAUCUGAUCCUAGUAAAGAAGAUGAGUCAAGUAGUCAAGUUUCAUUCACAAGUGAGAGUAGGUUGAGUGCCAUACUGUGCACACCAGCUGUUCGUAACCUAGCCAAGCAACAUGCAAUUGACAUUAAUGAUAUAAAAGGAAGUGGUAAAGAUGGAAGGGUUUUGACAGAAGAUAUUAUCAAUCACGUUGUUGGCAAAGAUGUUGAUACUGAGCCUUCUGCAUAUUGCUCUGGCAGAUCAGUGGCUGAGAGUUCACUGUAUGAAGACAAAACUUUACAGCUAAGGGGAUUCCAACGCGCGAUGGUCAAGUCCAUGACACUGGCAGCCAGAGUUCCACAUUUCCAUUAUGUGGAAGAAAUUCAUUGUGGGGGACUUGUAGAACUUAAAGCAUCUUUUCAGAGUGAAAACCCAGAUCCAAGUAUAAAGCACACUUUUCUUCCGUUUUUGGUCAAAUCACUAUCAAUGGCAAUGGGAAAAUACCCCCUUUUAAAUAGUUGUUUCAAUGAGGAUGUUCAUGAAAUCAUUGUCAAAGGCUCUCAUAAUAUUGGAAUUGCCAUGGCUACUCCCUAUGGUCUGGUUGUACCAAAUAUCAAGAAGGUUCAGUCUCUUUCUAUAUUGGAGAUAACCAAGGAAAUUUCAAGGCUGCAACAAUUGGCAAUGGAAAACAAGCUUAGUCAUAAUGACAUAUCUGGCGGAACAAUAACCAUUAGUAACAUUGGAGCCAUUGGUGGAAAGUUCGGUUCUCCUUUAAUUAAUUUGCCUGAAGUUGCAAUUAUCGCAAUUGGUAGAAUUCAGAAAGUUCCUCGGUUCACAGAUGGUGGGACUCUGUAUCCCACUCCUGUUAUGAAUGUAAAUAUUGGUGCUGACCAUAGGGUGUUAGAUGGAGCAACAGUUGCAAAAUUCUGCAACGAGUGGAAAUCAUUUGUUGAGAAGCCGGAGCUGCUGUUGUUGCAUACGAGAUGAUCAUCAUGACCUUGCAUUUAGGAUUUCUGGUAGGUUGUAAUGAUUGCAUCGUGACUAAAAUGUAUGUAGUAUCCUCCUUGUCAAAUAAAAUAAAAUUGUGUAGUA